UUAAACGUAGUGUUCCUAUUGUUUAAUAACGAUGUACCUAACGUGGGUAAAUGUUUUUCGUCGAUAGAAGGAUUUAAUAUGGAAUAUACUUUUAAAUUAUGAUCUGACAUCCAUAACGCAUCUAAAUGGUGUCUUUAGUUUAGUAGGGGGUGGGAGCGGUGUCCUGCCGACGACGGAUGUGCAGUAUUCGCACGGGUGCACGGCGUCGGCACUUUCUGCGCAUGCCCGAAAAAGCCUAUAUAAAGCUCCCAGGCGACUCGACUACCAACAGUUCGGACCGAAUCUUAACGAGGCGAUCCUUGCACUCUUACAACUCAACUGAUACGAGAUAAGCGGAAAAGUUUCAAGUAUCAACUAUAUUCAUAAUAACAUUUUAUGAAGUAACGAACAAAACAAGCCGGUGAUUUUUACAACAAAAAGUUAUUUACACGAAGACCUUAUGAAAAACAAGCUAGGAAUCAACUUUGUGGCAAGUGACAAGUUCGUUGGAGACUUACCAGUAAACAUGGUGGAACAGCAGCGCUCGACCAAAGGAAGCCGACGAGAAUCAGUGACGCCUAAAAUCGUCGUCUGCCCACCAAUGGAGGAGAUGACGGAAAAUAUAUCGACGCCUCGCGGCGGCCGGUUAUUGAAAGCUCUUAGCAAAAGGAUAACUCGACGAGCCCCCGACUCUGACUCCAUGGGCAGCUCCAGCAGUUCUGACAGCGUGUCCGGGGAUACUGCGCGUACAGACGACCGCUCCUCGUGUUCAGCCAGUGAAUCCGGCAGUGACGGCUCCGAGCGCCACCGACGCAAUCGUUCAACCGUAUCUCUACGCCGGGUAUUCCAGAGUCUUAACCUUACAAGUCGAUCCCAGUCGUGCACUCCUACUGAGCGCACACGGCAACCCAAAAAGCAACAACAGCCUAAGCGUAUUCUGCGACCGCCAAUCACUUAUACGUACGUGCGCGGUCUCUCCGGCCUACCAACACAGAGAGUGCCCCGGUACGCGGUCUGUUGUGACUCUAUGGGACUCAAUCGGUAAAUAAUGAAGGGAAUAUUUUCUUCGGACCGAACAUGGGCAGAGAUCAAGACUGGUUACGAUUUACGAGUAGAAUAAAAAGCGCUAGAGAGAUGCGUUCUCAUCAUAUCAGUAGAAUAUCGGCAAAUCUGGGAAAAUUAGCCGUCUUCGAGGACCAAGAGAGACGCCGCCAAGAGCGCUGGCUGGAGCAAAGCAUUAACUUCGUCGAUAGCAGAGCUGUGUCACGUACUAGUUGUAGUUAAGCGACAACACAUAAGACUGUGAGAUCCUUUGGAAUUCGUUAUCGGUCUGUUAAAUAUUGGUAGGAAAUGUUGUUAUUGACAUCGCUGGUUGAUAUCAUUAUUUUAGUACCUAUAAAUACACAAACUUAUAAUCCAAGAACAUUAUAUUUCCACUAUACAAUUAUUUCAUUUUUUAGAAAUUUCGAUCUAAAGUAACCGGCAAAAUGUAUGUUUUUUGUUUAAACAACCAAUCAAAUUUUAGUAGAAUAUAAUUAUAGUCAGGGUGUUAUAAAAUACUAAUGUAUAAAUAAUUCUGUUAUUCAAGCAUAGUGCCUUUCCACAUUUUUAUCUAAGUAGAAAUAGUUGUAAUGUAUACUAUUAAAUUAAGAACUAUGUACCUAAAAUCACCUUUAAAACUCUGCUGUAUAAACAUAGUUUAACUUUUACAACGUAAAGAGAUCACAUUUCUUAGGAUAAAAAUAGCAUUUGAUUAUAGUCACUUUGCACUUGGUUUUGACUUUGAUAUACACUUCGCAGAUGAAGGACAGCGAGAAAAUACUCUAAAUUAAUAUUUUUCUAUGCUUUCCUCCAUUUGGCGUAUUAUUAUAUCUGUAAAGAGACUAUUUGUCUAUUAACAAUUAUUGUUCAUUAAAUUUAAUCAAUUAAUA